AUGCUCCGACACAGAACCGCUACUUCCGCCAGCAGCACCGCACCCGCCUCCUCCGACAAACCUCAGCAGCAGCCUACCCCUUCACAGCACCGCCCCAGCCUCUCCGCGUGCGACUUGAUGGGAGGGAAUCGACCAAUCGACGCGCACAAUCCGCGCACCGGCAUCGCCGCUCUGAACAAGGACCUGGCUGGGAUAUUCGGCUCGGGCGUAGGCUCGGGCUCAGGCUUGGGCGCAGGCUUGGCGGGUGCAAUUCGUCCAGCAGCCGGGGCGGCUUCCGCGAGUGGGAGCGCGGCGAUCCGCGCGGCGGUGAGGCAGCGGCUGGCGGCUGUGACGCAGCGAGUGGCGGGGCUCAACGGGAACGUGUCCGCGCUCGCCGAUUUGCUCAACGCCUUGAACGGCGCUCUUACUAACGGCGCCUUGAAUGGUGGCGAUUUGAAUGGCGCUUUGAACGGAGCUUUGAGCGGCAGCGUGGUGGGGAAUCUCGCGAAUCUUCUGCCCCAGCAGGCAGGCAUGCUCCGUGCCGUGCUGACGUCAUGCAAGGGUCUGCUGUCUCUUCAGGCCGGCGCUGCUGACAUUCAGAUCAUGAAGAUUGGCUCGGACUAUCUACUCACAUACUACCUGUACGCAGCAGGAGUGACCAAGGCCCCGGACUCGCAGGCCAUCUUCAAGGGCAACGCCUGCAGCACCGCUGCUGCUUCAGCAGCCCUCGCCCUGCCUGGCACGUGGGUGCCCAUGAGCCCGGUGUCCUGGUCGCUGGCCAAUGUCGUCAGGGCGUCCGCUGCUGACGUGGCGGAUGUGUUGGCGUCCAUUCAGGGGAUCACCAAUGAUGACCUGUACCUCGGAUUCUCCGGUGCUGACGGGGCGCUUUCAGGGAGAGUGAUCGGUGGGAGGGUGUGA